AUGUUCUUUCUUCUUUAUUUUUCCGUUUAUGUUAUUAUUCCUUUCUUCCUUUCUUUCUUCUUUUCUUUCCUCACACCUUGCUUUUCCUUUCUUUCUUUCUUUCUUUCUUUCUUUCUUUCUUUCUUUCUUCGUUUCUUUCCUCACCCCUUGCUUUUCCUUUCUUUCUUUCUUUCUUUCCUUCUUUCUUUCUUUCUUUCUUUCUUUCUUUCUUUCUUUCCUCACCCAUUGCUUUUCCUUUCUUUCUUUUUUCUUUCUUUCUUUUCUUUCUUUCUUUUCUUUCUUUUCUUUUUUCACCCCUUGCUUUUCCUUUCUUUCUUUCUUUCUUUCUUUCUUUCUUUCUUUCGUUCUUUUUUCUUUCUUUCUUUCUUUUCUUUCUUUGCUUUUCCUUUCUUUCUUUCUUUCUUUCUUUCUUUCUUUCUUUCUUCUUUUUAUUUCCUUUGCUUUUCCUUUUUUCUUUCUUUCUUUCUUUCUUUCUUUCUUUCUUUCUUUCUUUCUUUUCUCACCUCUUGCUUUUCCUUGCUUUCUUUCUCAAUCUUUCUUUCUUUCUUUCUUUCUUUCCUCACCCCUUGCUUUUCCUUUCUUUCUUUCUUUCUUUCUUUCUUUCUUUCUUUCUUUCUUUCUUUCUUUCUUUCUUUCUUUCCUCACCCCUUGCUUUUCCUUUCUUUCUUUCUUUCUUUCUUUCUUUCUUUCUUUCUUUCUUUCUUUCUUUUCUUUCCUCACCCCUUGCUUUUCCUUUGCAAGUUCUUUAUUGCUUUGUUUCUUCUUCUUUAUCUCAUGUGCGUUUAUUCUUCAUUAUUGUUCCGUUUGGUUAUCCUUCCUUCCUUCCUUCCUUCCUUCCUUCCUUCCUUCCUUCCUUCCUUCCUUCGAAAUAUUUUGUUCUAUGGACCGUUCUCCGCUUUUUUAAAUUUCUGCGCUAUUAUUUUUCUUUCCUUGAAUCAUUCUCGUUCUUUCUUUCUUUCUUUUUUCGUUCUUUCUUUCUUUCUUUUCCUCUUGAAGUAUAAUUUAACUUCUAUAUAUCAUAGCAUACAAUUACGUCCAUUUCUUUGCUCACUUCUUCAUCUCAUGUUCUUUCAUUGUUCUUUAUUGUUCAGUUUGAUUGUCAUUCCUUCCUUCCUUCCUUCCUUCCUUCCUUCCUUCUCCUUUGCUUUUCCGUUGCAUGUUCUUUAUUUCUUUGUUUCAUUCUUUUAUUUGUGUCAUUUAUUUCUUUAUUUAUCUAGGACUGUUAUUCUGCCUUCAUUUCAUUCUCUGAACUUUUCUUUCUUUCUUUCUUUUCCUUUUGUUUUCUUCAUCUCAUGUUCUUUCAUUCUUCUUUAUUUUUCCGUUUGCCUAUUAUUCCUUUCCUUUUCCUUCCCUUCCUUCCUUCCUUCCUCCCUUCCUUCCUUCCUCCUUCCUUCCUUUCCUCCCUUCCUUCCUUCCUUCCUUCCUUCUUCUUCCUUCCUUCCUUCCUCCUUCCUUCCUUCCUUCCUUCCUUCCUUCCUUCCUUCCUUCCUUCCUUCCUUCCUUCCUUCCUUCCUUCCUUCCUUCCUUCCUUCCUUCCUUCCUUCCUUCCUUCCUUCCUCCCUUCCUUCCUUCCUCCCUUCCUUCCUUCCUUCCUUCCUCCUUCCUUCCUCCCUUCCUUCCUUCCUUCCUUCUUCCCUCCUUCCUUCCCCUCCUUCCUUCCUUCCUUCCUUCCUUCCUUCCUUCCUUCCUUCCUUCCUUCCUUUGUUUUUCUUUGUCUGUGUUUUAUUUAUUCUUCUUUUAUUUUUCUAUGAUUUUUAUUCUGUCUUUGUUUUAUUCUCUGAACAUUUCUUUCUUUCUUUCUUUCUUUCUUUCUUUCUUUCUUUCUUUCUUUCUUUCCUGCUGUUGUUUCUUUCUUUCUUUCAUUCUUUCUUUCAUGUUGUGUUUGUUUUUUUUUUGUCUUUUUCAUGCUGUGUUUUUUUUUUUUUCUUUUAUUUCUUUUUCUUUCUUUCUUUCAAUCUUUUUUUUUCUUUCUUUCUUUCUUUUUUUCUUUCUUUCUUUCUUUUCAUGUUGUGUUUGUUUGUUUUUCUUUCUUCUAUCUUUUCAUGUUUCUCAGUGUUUUUCUUUCUCAAUCUUUCUUUCUUUCUUUUCUUUCAUGCUGUGUUUGUUUGUUUCUUUCUUUUUUUCUUUCUUUCUUUCUUUUUUCUUUCUUUCUUAUCUUUCUUUCUUUCUUUCAAUCUUUCUUUCUUUCAAUUUUGUUUCUUUGUUUCUUUGUACCUUCGUGUUUUGUUUGUUUGUUUCUUUCAUGUUGUGUUUCUUUCUUUCUUUCUUUCUUUUCUUUCUUUCUUUCUUUCUUUCUUUCCUGCUGUGUUUGUUUGUUUGUUUCUUUCUUUCAUGUUGUAUUUCUUUCUCUCUUUCAUGCUGUGUUUGUUUCUUUUUUCUUUCUUUCAUGCUGUGUUUCUUUCUUUCUUUCCUUUUCAAUCUUUCUUUCUUUCUCAAUCUUUCUUUCUUAAUCUUUCUUUCUUAAUCUUUCUUUCUUUCUUUCUUUUUUUCUUUCUUUCUUUCACCUUCGCUAUCUUCAGCCUGUCUCUUUUUAUUUUAAUUUUCCAUUAG